AUGGCUAUGCAUUUGGGGAAUGGGGGGCCCCCCAGGGGGAGCCAGGGGCCCCCCAUUCAGCUGCAGCAGCAGCAGCAGCAGCAGCAGCUUGAGCGGUAUCGGCAGCUGCUGCAGCGGCAGCAGCAGCUGCUGCAGCGGCAGCAGCACAGGUGCUGCCGCCAGCUAGCCAAGCUGCAGCAGCUGCAGCGGGAGAGCGCUGCAGCAGAAGCAAAGGAAGCCCAAGAGAGGACCCUGUCUCUGGUUCCUAGACCAGCAGCAGCAGCAGCAGCAGCAGCAGCAGCAGCAGCAGAAAGGAAAGCUUUAUCUCCCUGCUGCUGCUUCCUUGCUGCAGCAGAGCAGCAGCUGCCGCUGUUCGUUUUGCAGGGCGACGGCUGCGCUGUCCGUACACUGCAAACUGGCGAAGGAGCAGCAGCAGCGGCAGCAGCAGCAACUGCUGCUGCUGCUGCUGCUGCUGCUCCUGCUGCAGCAGCAUCUGUAGCAGCAGCUGCAGCACAGGCCACCUCCCCACAGCUUCUUGCAGAAGCAGCAGCAGCAGCAACAAUGGACACAGACGCACCACGCAUUCACCGUAUCGGCAGCAGCAGCAACAGCAGCAGCAGCUGCUGCAAUGGCAACAGCAGCAACAGCAGCAACAGCAGCAACAGCAGCAACAGCAGCAACAGCAGCAACAGCAGCAAUGGCAGCAGCAGCAGCAGCAGCAACGGAGGAGUAGACAACAUGCUUUUCCAGUGCUGCCGUGCGCUGCAAAAGGUCAUUUGGGAAGUGCUGCAGCAGGAAGCGGAUGCAGCAGCAGCUGCUGCAACGACAGCAGCAGCAGCAGCAGCAGCAGCAGCAGCAGCGCCUCAUGAUGCAGCACAGACAGAAGCCGUGCAGCAGCGGCUGCUGCACCUUCGUGCUGCAGUGCUGCGCAGCAGCUUCGAUUUGCUGCAGCAGCAGAUACAGCAGCUCAGAAGCUCGCAUCACGCCUUGUGCGGAGAAGACAGCAGAAGGUCAAUGGCUUCGUUGUCGCUGCUGCUGCUGUCUGCCCCAUUCAGCAGCAGAAGUGCUGCUGCUGCUGCUGCAGCACCUGCUGCUGCUGCUGCUGUGCGCCGGCCAUCCCUGCAGCUGCUGCAGCUCACAGUGGAGCCCUGGCAGCAGCAAAUGCAGCAGCAGCAGCAGCAGCAGCAGCAGCAGCAGUUGCAGCAUUUGCAGCAGGGGCAGCACGAAGGGUCACAUAUAAUUGUCAAAGGCAUCGGCAGCAGAAGCAGCAGCAGCAGCAGCAACACCAGCAGCAGUUCUGCAUGCCUUUUGCUGCUGCUGUGUCCUUUUGCUGCAGCACUUUCCUUGCGGCAACCGCUCUUCCCCCUUACUGCUGCUGCGCUGCACCACCUCAGCAGCAGCAGCAGCAGCAGCAGCAGCAGCAGGAGCGGACUGUGGAGCGGCUACACUGCAGAGGCGGUGCUGGUUCAGCAGCAGUUGCUGCUGCUGCUCAUGGGGGGCCGGCCUCUGCAGCAGCUGCUGCAGCGGCACAUAUGCACUUUGCCUGCAGCAGCAGCAGCGGCAGCAGCAGCAGCAGCAGCUGCUGCCCCUGCAGCAGCAGCAGCCGACUUUGUGGCAGCGGCAGCUACUGCUAGCGAGCUGUUGCUGCAGGCAGACUCAACUUAUGCUUUGCUGCUGCAGCAAGCAGGCGCGCUUUGUGCAUUGCUGCAGCAGCAGCAACAGCAGCUGCAGCAGCUGCAGCAGCAACAAGCCGAACAGCAGCAGCAUCAGGAUGCGGCAGCAGCGUUGUUGCUGCUGCUGCAGCUGCUGCCUGCUUGGGCUGCGCCAAGGGAGCCCCCAUCUCUGCUGCUUCGUCGCCAGGAGCUCCAGCUUUGCUCAGGGCUGCAUGCGCUGUUAUUUCCAGAAGCAGCAGCAGCUGCUGCUGCUGCAGCUCCUGCUGCAGCAGCCGCUGCUGCUGCUGCUGCAGCGGGUGGUGGACCCAGCUGCAGCAGCGGCUGCCGGCAGCUGCUGCCUCCUUCGCUGCUGCAGCAGCUGCGGCAGCAGCUGGCAGCGCUGCUGCCUUUGUUCCUUUAUAUUUCAGAGUCCAGCAGCAGCAGCAGCAGCAGCAGCAGCAGCAGCAGCUUAAGGGUGUGCGGCAAGGCAACAGCAGAACAGCUGCAGCAAUUUGCUGCUGCUUGGUGGGGGGCUUCAGCGGAGUUAUGUGACACCAAGCUCACACAUGUGGCAGAGGCUGCUGAGGCCUUCCAGUGGCUCUGCGCUGCUGCAGCACCACAGCAGCAGGCGGACCUGCUGCUACUAGCUCCGCUGCUCCUACUUGGAGAGCAGCAGCAGCAGCAGCAGCAGCAGCAACAGCAGCAGCAGCGGCCGCUGCUACUGGGCGCAGCACGUAGCGACUGCCGGGUGUACGCAGCAGCAGCAGCAGCAGCAGCAGUAGCAGCAGCAGUAGCAGCAGCAGCAGCAGCAGCAGUAGCAGCAGCAACGUACUGGCCCUCAGCGGAAGAGGAUAAAAUAAGCAGCGCGGAAGCAGCAGCAGACACGGGCAGCCAUGCCCUUGCUGCUGCGAGUACUUCUUCUGCGCAACUGCCUGCGGACCUUAGCCUCUCCCUGGCAGCAAGGCUUGCCGAAGUGCAGCAAGCAGCAGCAGCAGCAGCAGCAGCAGCAGCAGACCCUGGAGAAGAGCUCGUGUUGCUGCUGACUCAGAGCCACAGAAGAAGGCUUGCUGCUAUCCAUUAUACUGCAUUGAGGCUCGCUGUCGGUCCAGAGGAGAAGGCGCAGCAGCAGCAGCAGCAGCAGCAGCAGCAGCAACAACAACAACAGUUGGAGCCGCGGCAGCAGCUGCUGCAUCUGCUGCUGCUGCUGUCGCACUGCGAGGCAAUGGGAGGAGAAGCAGCAGCAGAAGCGCUGGAGCAUCUUAUGGAGAAGGUGUUUCCUGCAGUGUCCAAGGCUUUUGCUUCCCAAGAGGCAAACAGCAGCAGCAGCAGCAGCACAGAAUGUGAUAGCUGCUGCGUUUGCUACGCAGCAGCGCUUCAGGAGCGACGGAGCAGCAGCAGCAGCAGCAGCAGCAGCAGCAGCAGCAGCAGCAACAGCUGCUGCUGCUGGAGCUGCUCAUGCAGCCGAAGAGUUCCGCUGCCGGUGCUGCAGGCGGCCAUUGUCCGCUCAGUGGGGAGGCUCUUUGUCUGCUGCAAAGUUAGCAGCAGCAGCAGCAGCAGCAGCAGCAGCAGCAGCAGCAGCGAGUGCAGCAUCUCGGCUGCUCCCUCUUCGCAUAACGGCCAAGGAACUUACAGCAGCAGCAGCAGCAGCAGCAGCAGCAGCAGCAGCGACAAGCUGGCUGCGUUUAUAAGGGCUCUGUUGCUGUCUCCUGGCGUUUCUGCUGCUGCGCUGGAGGAAGCCACAGGUCAGCUGCUGCCGCUUUUGCUGCUGGAUGCUGCAGCACGAAACAGCAGCAGCAGCAGCAGCAACAGCAGCAGCGAUAGCAGCAGCAGCAGCAAUUCGCCGCUGGUCACAAAGGAGGAAAUGCGGGACAUCUUGCUGCUGCGCCCUGCAGCAGCAGCAGCAGCAGCAGCAGCAGCAGCAACGCCAGUCUUUACUGAUAGCCCUUCGCUUCACAGCGCUGCAGCUGCUACACGUCCUGCUGCAGCGACAGUCGCAGCAGCACAAGCUGCCUCGGCAGCAGCAGCAGCAGCAGGCUUGCAGCUCCUGCCCCCUUGUGCUGCAUGCGGCGUUUCAGUUGACUUUGAAUCUGCAGCAGCAGCAGCAGCAGCAGCAACAGCAGCAGCAGCAGGAACAGCAAUUUCAAACUGCAGGGGUUGCGGCCUCCCCUUCGCGCUGCCAGCGCUGCAGAUGUACCGCAGCUCUUUGACAGCAGCAGCAGCAGCAGCAGCAGCAGCAGCAGCAGCAGCAACAGCAGCAGGAACUGCAGCAGUAGAAGCAGAGGCUCCAUACUCCGCGCUGCUGCAGCGCUGCCUAGCAGCACGAGAGGAAGGACAGCUGCUGCAGCUGGAGGCCUUGUUGCCUCUGCUGCUGCUGCUGUGUUGCUGCUGCAGCAAGCUGCUGCAGCUGCGCCAGCAGCACAGCCUUCAGCAGCAAAUCAAGUGCCUGCUGCAGUGUCUGCCCCGCAGCGCAGCUGCGUGUAGUGACCCUCUUGCAGCAGCAGCAGCAGAAGCAGCAGCAGCAGCAGCAGCAGCAGCGAGUGCCGCCGCUGUUGCUGGUGCUCUUCCACCUCUGGAGACUGCUGCAGCAGCUACCAACGCAGCAGGCGACGAGAACAGCAGCAGCAGCAGCAGCAGCAGCAGCAGCAGCAGCACGCACGAGGAGGAGCUGCUGCAGCAGGUGCAGCAGCGUCAACAGCAAAGCAGGCGAGCGCAGCAGGCUCUGUGCCCGCCGCUGCUGACGCUGCUGCUGCUCUCUCCUGCUGCUGUCUCCAUUUGGCUUUUGCUGCACCUUGCGCUUCGAGCUGACUCCCUGCACCUGGACUUGUGCUGCUGCUCCGAAAACAGCAGCAGCAGCAGCAGCAGCAGCAGGAGCAGCACAAACGACGUGGUGGUGAAGUUAUUGGAAGAGCCGCAGCAGCAACUAGCGAAAGCCCCGCUGCUGCUGCUGCUGCAGUCGCCUAUGCUGCUGCUGAAGCUGCUGCCUCCUUUAGCCGACAAGCUGCUGCUGCUACAGGAGGCGCAGCAGCAGCAGCUCGUGCUGCAGCUGUGGGAGCAGGAAGCAGCAGCUGCAGAUGCAGCACCUCCUGGGGCUUUGCUGCAGCUGCUGCGGUCUUCUCUGCUUGCCACUCCUGCAGCUCUCCAAGCAGCAGCAGCAGCAGCAGCAGCAGCAGCAGCAGCAGCAGCUGGGCGAGAUGCGGCUGCUGCUGCUCCGGCGCUGCUCCCCGCCUUGACUACUUCUUUAGACGACGGCAGCAGCGGCAGCAGCAGUCGCAGUAACAGCAGCAGCAGCAACGGCAGCAGCAGCAGCAGCAGCAGCAGCAACUGCAUGAGCAACGCGGGAGCCGACUUGGUUUGGAUAUACGGGCCGAAACAUUUGCUUCCUUUGCUGCAGCGGCAUCUCUCGGCUGCUUCUUCUGGCGCUGCAGCAGCAGCAGCAGCAACAGCAGCAGCAGCAGCAGCAGCAGCAGCAGCAGCAGCAGAAAACUCUUCUGUUGCUGCUGCACUUGCUGCCAUGAAGCAUAUGUCCUUUUCCGGCGACAGCGGGGGCCUGCUGCUGCGCUGCAGCUCUUUGCUGCAGCUGCUGCUGUCUGCUGCGCGCCUGAGGCCUCGCGUUGCUGCUGCAGUGCAGCGGGGAGAUUUGCUGCUGCAGCAGCCUGUAGAUAGCUGCUGCCUGCACAGUCCGUCCCUGCAGCAGGCGGUUGCUGCGGUCAGUCAGCAAGAGCAGCAGCAGCAGCAGCAGCAGCAGCUGCAGCAGCAGCUGCAGCAGCAGCAGACACUAGGAACUCCUCUCGUUUCCUUUCUGCCUUAUCGAGUGCAUGUACACCCCAACGGAGCAGCAGCAGCAGCCUGGUUUGCUGCUGAUGCUGCUCUCUUUCUUCGCUCGCUGCUCCGGCGGCUGCAUGCAGCAGCAGCAGCAGCAGCAGCAGCAGCAGCAGCACAUGGGGGCAGUCCUGCUUGGUUCAAUGCUGCAACGCCUGCACUAAUGCAGCGGCUGCAGCAGCUGACGCUGCUGCUGCGCUGCUGGGGUGUGUCUGCUGCAGCAGCAGCAGCAAACGCGUGUGGCGGCGGCUGCUGCAUCGACAGUCUCUUCAGUUUGUUUUGGCGCAGCAGCAGAGCCUCCCUGUCUUUCGCCAGCAGCAGCAGCAGCAGCAGCAGCAGCAGCAGCAGCAAAAGAGAUGCUGCUGCUGUUUUCAAAGGGGGGCUGCUGCUGCUGCUUCUGGGGUCGCGCAGCUAUCGCCUGGUGUCUGGGGAGCUGCAGCAGCAGUCGCUGGCGAGGCGCUUUUUGCUGCUUCGCAGCAAGCAGCAGCAGCAGCAGCUGCAGCAGCAAGCUAAUGCCACUGCUGCAAUGGCUGCUGCUGCUGCUGCUGCUGCUGAAGAAGCAGCAGCAGAGACACAACUCUUGCUGGGAGUGCUGCUGCCGUUUCGCUUCGCUGUCGUAUCCUGGAGAGCAAACGCGUCGCCGCCUCCGGGACUUGGUCUGCUGCAGCAGCUACCGCCACUGGAUGGCUUAAUUCUGCAGCUGCUGCUGCUGCUGCCUUCAUCGGCAGCAGCAGCAGCAUUCAUUGCUCGGCUGUUGCAUGUUCACUACAGCAGCAACAAAGAAAGAGCCCUCGGAACAGCAUGCAGCAGCAGCAGCAGCAGCAGCAGCAGCAACAGCUGCGCUGCUCAGAGCGACGACAGCAACGCUGCGGCUGCGGUACUGCAGCAGCAAAAGCAGCGACAGCAGCAGCAGCAGCAGCAGCAAAUCCUCUUUUUUGUAUUGCUGCGAUGUGCACAUUUUGUAGCAACAUGCUGCAGGGGAGGCGAAGAAGCAGCACGGGAGAAGCUGCUGCGGUGCAUCGACACACUGCAGAGGGCUGUGGAUUUGCUGCUGCGGGAGCUGCAGGCAGAAAACGUCUUGGCUGGACCGAAGGCAGUUGCUGCUUUUGUGCAGCAGCACUUGCUGCAGGUAGUUGAAGUCCUCAGGCUCUGCCUCGUGGCCCCCAGCAGCAGCAGCAGCAGCAGCAGCGCAGCAGCAGCAGCGUUGCUGUACCGCCGCAGCUUCCUCCGCUUGUUCGUUCCUCCUGUGUCGCUUCAGCUGCUGCUGCCGGCCUUUCAGCAGCAGCAGCAGCAGCAGCAGCAGCAACCGCUGCUGCUGCUGCUGCAGCUGCCAGCAGCGAAUGGAGGGGUUGGCACAAGUGUUGCUGCUGUUAAGACACUGCAGCUGCUGCUCAAUGUUGCAGGCAGCGAGCUUGUAGAGACGCGUACAGCGAAGCUGCUGGGAUUUCUCGAUUGCUGCAGAGAAGCAACGCAGCAUUCAGUGUCUGUGCUGCGGUGUAUGUCCAGCUGCGCUGCUGCCUUUUCUCCUUCCUCUUUGCUGCGGUUCCUGCCUUAUUUGCUGCAGCAGCUGCAGCAGUACUCCCUGCAUGCAAAGCAGCAGCUCCUCUGCUGCAGCAGCAGCAGCAGCAGCGGAGGGAGCAGCAGCGCAGCAGAGUGCUGCUGCAGCAGCUGUGCUGCGUCGCAGGAAAUUUGCAGCGAAGUCUGGAGGCUGCUGCUGCUGCUGCUGUCGAAAGCUCAAGAUGCUGCAGCAGCUGAUGAGCAGCAGCUGCCGCUGCUGUGUGCUGCUUUUGCCUGCACGCCAGUGCUGCCUCCAGUGCAGCAGCUGCUGCCCUGCGACCCUGCAGCAGCAGCAGCAGCAGCGACGCAGCAGUGCAGCAGCAGCACCAGCAGCCUCGUGUCGCAGCAGCAGCACACGGGGCUGCUGCGGCUGCUGCAGUUCUUUUGCCUGCUGCCUGCAUUUCUGCUCGAGGGGCAGCAGCAGCAGCACAUCAUCAGCAGCAGCUGCAGCAGCAGCACGAGCUGCUGCCCCGAUUCCUCAUCCUGGCAGCUGGAGGACUUACAGCAGCAGCUGCAGCAGCAGCGAAGCGACUACUUGCAUGCGCAGCAGCAGCUGCCGCUGCUGCUGCUGCGCUGCUGCGCCGUGGGGGCCUUCCUCAGCAACAGCUUUCCUUACUUGACACGUUUUGCUGCAGCAAAGUGUUUGUUACAGAUUGUACGGUGCUGCAGCGUGCCGCUGCUGCUGCAGCAGCAGCAGCAGUUGCUGUUGCUGCAGCAGCAGCAGCAGCAGCAAGCGUCGUUGCUGCCUUCCCAGGAGAUGCAGGAGCAGCAGCAGCAGCAGCAACUGCUGCAGCAGCUGCUGUCAGCCCUUGCUGUUAGUGUGCAGGGAGUCAUCGCAGAGUUCGCGCACUCUGUAGACCCUCUGCCACUUUGCUGCUGCCAGGUGCUGGGCCACCUUGAGCCUUUCUGCAGCAGCAGCAGCAGCAACAGCAGCAGCAGCAGCAGCAGGGUCCCCACCUCCUCCGCCGUAGCUGACCUGCUGCUGAGAGGACCCGGUGCUGCUGCCACCGGCAGUCAGCAGCAGCAGCAACAGCAGCAGCAGGAGCUGCAGCCGACGAAGGGUUCCAGCAGCAGCGGGCGUCCUCGACGAAGCAGCAGCAGCAGCAGCAGCAGCAGCAGCAGCAGCAGCAGGUGGCAGAUAUCAGCUGACGGCACGCUGGGAGUUGUGCUGCUGCAGCAAGUGCUGCUGUCACAUUUGCAUCUUUCAACAGCAGAAAGAACUGCGCAGGAGCUCCUCAACGUCCUUGGGCUGCACGUUCACUCCAGCCCUGGCAGGGCCGCCGAAGUAUUUCCACGGAUGCACCGGGCCUUUCUCCGGCAGCAGCAGCAGAAGCAGCAGCAGGAGCCGCAGCAGCAGGAGCAGCAGCAGCAGCAGCAGGAGCAGCAGCAGGAAGAGCAGCUAGCUGGAGACAACCCCUUUGUUGGAGAUCCUUUCCGCUGCUUCCUGUGGAGGCAGCUGUUCAGUGCAGCAGCAAAAGUUGCGCUGCUGCCAUACGCGAGCAGCGCCUACAAGCACUGGACGGGCAGCAGCAGAAGCAGAAGCAGCAGCAGCAGCAGCAGCAGCAGCAGCAGCAGGAGCAGCAGCAGCAGUUCUGGACUGAAAGAGACGGGGAGAGGCAGAAAACGCAAAGCCGAUGGCCACGGAACAGCAGCAACUACGGAUGAAGUGCUCAAGACCAGCAGCAGCAGCAGCAGCAGCAGCGGUAGCAGCAGCAGCAGCAGCAACAAUAACAACAGCAGCAGCAGCAGCAGCACGUUCGGUGCGGCUAUCAACUCUCCGCUACAGUCGUUCGUCCACUGGAUGCUGACCUCUCUCGAGCAGCAGCAGCAGCAACAACAGCAGCAGCAACAGCAGCAGCAACAGCAGCAGCAACAGGAUCAGAAGGAAGGAGUCGGCGCAGCCAGCAGCAGCAGCCGCAGCAGCAGCAGCAGCAGCAGCAGCAUACGAGUUCAGAUUUUCCGCGCAUGCGACUUGGCGCUGCUGCACCUGCCUUUCUGUCUGUCAUUUUUGCUGCCUCAUCUUACUGAGGCUUUUUUGUCUUCCCGGCUAACAACUCCUGAGCAGGCAGGGAAACUUCUCAGCGAGAGGCUUUUGCAGCUUGUCGCGACGGAGCUGCAGCGCAGCAGCAACAGCAGAAGGACCAGCAGCAGCAGCAGCAGCAGCAACAGCAGCAGCAGCAGCAGCAAGCUUGCAGCCGAGAACAAAUCCACGGCGGAAGUGCAGCAGCGCCAGACACUGCAGCAGCAGCAGCAGCAGCAGCAGCAGCACCAUGACCAACAGCGAAAGGCAGCUGCUGCAGACAGCGCGUCGACCAUUCAGGCCGUCUUCUCGCUGCUGCAAAAGCUGUCGCGGUGGAGGCGGCAGCUUGAGGAGCAGCAGCUGCCGCUGCUGCUGCAGCGCCAGCAGCUGCUGCAGCAGCAGCUCUCACGCAGCGAGACCCCAGCAGCCUCUCCAGGGCCAUCAGCAGCAGCAGCAGCAGCGGCAGCAGCAACUGCAGCAGCAAUAUCCCCCACUGUGGAGAUGAGGCCUUGCGCAGCCAGCGGCAGCCUCAGCCCCACACAGCAGGCGGCAGUGCAGCAGCAGCUGCUGCAGCUGCAGCAGCAGCAAAAGCUGCUGCAGCACCAGCUGCUUGCUGUUAAAAAUACACUUGACAAACUCGACCCUUUGCUGCUGUCUCGUGCUGCUCUUUCGUGCGGGGCAUACGCAAGGGCCCUAUGUUUUGUCGAGCAGCAUAUUGCUCGCGAUUUGCUGCCCCUGGAAGAACUGCAGCGCCGGGUGUGGGGCGCAGCAGCAGCAACUGCAGCAACUGCAGCAACUGCAGCAACUGCAGCAGCUGCAACAAGUGCAGCAGCAGCUGACAGCAGCUGCAACGAGGCCGUAGUGCAGCUGCUGCUGCAGUCCUAUCGAGGCCUCAAGGCUCGGGAGCUGCUGCUUGCUGCAGUAGAGCGCAGCCGGUUAGCUGGGGUGUACAGACACCGCGCCACGUGUCUUCCUGCUGCAGCAGCAGCAGCAGCAGCAACCGCAGCAGCAGCAACAGCAGCAGCAGCAACAGCAGCAGCAGCGUCGGACGCUGCGACGGGGGAGACGCUGCCUGAGGCCGAAAGGCAGCAGCUGCAGCAGCACGCUGUGCUGCAGCAGCUGCAGCAGCAGCUGCAGCGGCAGCAGCAAAGAGUCCACAUGGAUGGCUUUGCCCUAGAGCUCCGCAGCAAAUGGCGGCAAGCAGCAGCAGCAUACUGCAGCCGCCUCCUUCAAAUGCACAGCAGCAGCAGCAGCAGCAGCAGCAACAGGGGGUGCAGCGAGCUGCUGGCGUUCUGCAGCGCUGCGCUUUUGAAAGCAUCUAGCCCAUCCUCUCCUGCUGCAGUACAAGCAGCAGCAGCAGCAGCAACAACAGCAGCAGACGCAGCAGCAGCAGCUGCUGCUGCUGCUUGGUGUGGCCUUUUUCGCUGCCUGCGCAAAGGCGGCGGCGGCAUCGCCUUUUGGCCCGGACCUCGUGAGGUGCUGCAGCAGCUGCAGCAGCAGCAGCUGCAGCAGCUGCUGCUGCUGCUACCUCUUCCCUUGCCGGCUCCCCUCCAGCAAACGCAGCAGCAGCACCAAGAGCAGCAACAGCAGCAGCAGCAGCAGCAGCAGAUGCAGCAACUCAUACAGAAGUUCAGGGACGACUUGUGUCGUGCUGCUGCUGCAGCAGGAGGGGCUUGGCAGUGGCAGCAGCGGCAAGAGCAGCAGCGGCUGCUGGACAGAACUGCUGCUGCUGCUGCUGCUGUUGCGUCUGCUGCUGCCGGUCUGUUGGAUGCUGACAGCUCUCCAGCAGCAGCAGCAACUGCAGCAGCAACUGCAGCAGCAACAGCAACAGCAGCAGAUCUGCAGCGCCAGAGAGGGCUGUGGGCAGAAGCAGCAGCCGCUUGCUGCAGCCUCAGCAAAUGGGACGCUUUGCCAGAGCUGCUGCAGUCUGCUGCUGCUGCUGCUGCAGCUUCUGCUUCUCCUGCUGCAGCAUGUGCUCUACCUGCUGCUGCUGCUGCUGCUGCCUCAACAGAAACCGCAGCAGCAGCAGCAGCACCGAUCGAUUCUUGCAUGGCGCUGCUGCCGCAGGCAGAGAUAACGGAGAGCAGCUUUUUGCUGCAGCAUUCGCGGCUGCUGCUGCUGCUGCGGGGCGUGGUGCAGCAGCAGCAGCUGCAGCAGCAGCAGCACAAAUGCGCCAGCUGCUUCCUCAAUUCCGUGCUGCAGGAAGCAACUCUCGAAACCCUCUGGCAGCUAACAGCAGCACUAAAAGACUCCUUCAGCAGAGCUGCUGCCUAUCUUUCCCACUUGCACAUCUACGCAGACUUUGAGCUCAUCUGCAGCCGCGUGGGCAUUGCACUGUGGCCAGGAGCCACCGACACGUAUGGUUGCAGCAGCAGCAGCAGCAGCAACAGCAGCAGCAGCAGCAGCAGCAGCAGCAGCGAGUGCUGCAGCAGGUGCGGCCUGCGCUCUUCAUGGGAGCCUCUGCCUGUGGGGGCCCAGUGCUCUCUUGCUGCUUUGCUGGUUGACCGGGCCUUGCCAAGUGCAGCAGCAGCAGCAGCAGCAGCAGCAGCAGCAUCAACUGCGAGGUGCGCAGAGCAGCUUGCAGCAGCAAAACUGACGCUGGAGGCGCUGCAGCAGCCAGUUGCUGCUGCUGCUGUUGCACUCGCGCUGCACCGCCUCCGCAGCAGCACUUCGACACCAGGGGAAGUGCGGGUCUCUCACUUCAGGCAAGUUGAGGCUUUCCUGCAGCAGCAGCAGCAGCAGCAGCAGCAGCAGCAGCAGCAGCACAGGCUGGAGUGGCAGCAGCAGCUGCUGGACCGGCUUGGAAUCGAUAUGCGACUCGCUUUUGCGAAGCAGCUGAUGAGAAAGGGGAAGCAGCGAAGCUGUCUGUCUCUCUUAACUUCUCUUUCUCCAGUUUCCUUCACUGCCAGUUUGGCGCUGCUGCACCUCCGAGCGCAGCAGCUGCUGCUGCCGCCGCAGCAGCUGCUGCAGCAGUUUGAGCAGCUGGAACGGGAGCAGCGAAUGCAGCAGCAGCAGCAGCGGCAGCAGCAGCACCUGCUGCAGCAGCAAGACAACGUGCAGCAAGAUCUUUUCUUUUGCUUUGCUUCCUUCGUGGACACUCUGAUUGAAGAGGCACUGCAGCGCGACGCGCACUUGCUGCUGCCGCAGCAGCAGCAGCCGCAGCAGCGCAGCAGCAGCAGCAGCAACGGAGAUGCCUUCUUUGCCUAUCCGCUGCCAUCGGGAAGGCGCAAGAACAGCAAGCAGCAGCAGCUGCUGCAGCAGCAGCAGCAGCAAGGAGGCUGCCGGCCGACAGCUAAGGACAAGGAAGAGUGCACUUUGUCCUUCCUGGUGUGCGAGUCUGUGAGGCUGCACUUGAUAGUGCUGCAGCAGCAGCAAGAGGUUAGUCUGUACGUGCAGCAGCAGCAGCAGCAGCAGCAGCUGCUGCUGCUGCAGGGGCCGGCGCGGGAGGAAGAAGCCCCUGCUGCGAGUGCAGAGCAGGAACACCUGCAGUGGCACGCGCAGCAGCAGCAGCAGCGGCAGCAGCAGCAGCUGCUGCUGCAGCAGCACACCAGUCUACACCGCAUGCUGGCUCUUGCCUUUUCCUUCACCACCCCCAACACUUUUGUGGGGCCAAGACUUCAAAUCGAUGCAGCAAUUGCUGCAGUGGUUCCUUUUGAUGCCGGUGCCGUUGCUGCUCGCACAGCUGCUGCUGCUGCUGCCAUUCUUACUGUUGCUCUUGAAGCAGCAGCAGCUGCAGCAGCAGCUGCAGCAGCAGCUGCAGCAGCAGCUGCAGCAGCAGCUGCAGCAGGAGAUGUGCUGGCCACUGCGUGUUGGGGUGUAUGUACAGCGGUUUGCGGAAUUGCUGCAAGCAGUUUUCGCCGAAGAACUUCUUAA